GGGGGCGAGAAGAAGAAGGGGGGACGUGAGUAUCGUACGGUGUUGCACAAUGUUCAUCUUCAUGGGUGCUUCGUUUCGCGCAAUGGACACGCAACAUCCCUCAAUUUAUCGUUUCAGCUCGAUGCGCACACUUGUAAAUUAGCUGCUCCUUUUUUCUUUUUGAAAUACGUCCUCUUUGCGACCUGGCCCCUUCCAUGGUACCAGUACCUUAUUACUCUCUUAGUCAUCUAAGAAGAUAGAAGAGCAUUAAAUCAGCCAGAUAAACAUCACCUCCUCACUUAAGUUGAACAGUUAUUAUUGUGGAACGAAUCAACCUCAUCUGAUAGGAGGUAGACUUUGACACAAGUACUUCUUUGGUUACCGUCCACAUCAACAACUACUAAGUUCAAAUGGAUAAGAAAAAACAAAAGACAGCACUUCCACCAAGACCGGAGAGAGAAGAACAGAUUGAGAGGACAGAAGACAGGAAGAGAACAAGAAAAAUCAAGAUGGCUGAACAAGAAGCUUUCUCAAUUAGCACUAAGGGUGAACCUCAGCAGCAACAGACCAGGCAGGAGGAGUUAACAAAGUCUGACCAGUCAGAGGGAGAUGGAAGAAUUAAGUUAGGGUUUGGAGCUAAACGAACCAAGAAGCCUCCAAAGAGCCUUGAGAACUUCAUAUGCAGGCCCACAGUUAGGGUCUCUCAGAAGCUUACACAUGGAGAUGGCCAUGGUUCAUAUGGAGCUGAAGCGUCCAGUUCUGAGCCCACAGGGGCCAACAAGUCACAUCGAGAGACUCAGAAAAAAGAUGGUUCAAGUUUGUCAACUACAUUGCCCACUUCAUCCAAAAAAGCUGACUCUACACCUGUCAAUAAACCCAAUAAAAAGGCUACACCAAAACAGACAAGGAAGACAGACUCAAAGUCAUUAUUAACAUCAGAUGGACCUUCGUAUGCAGUUCAACCACAGACAGAUAGCAAAGUACCCCUUUCUGACAGGAUAACACCUUCCACCCCACUAAAGCAGACUUACUCGCCUCCAGCUGCUCCUUCUCCACCCUGCUCAUUACAGCAAAACUGCAGUCCACAAGACAGCACCCAAGUUUUAAAUGUUCAAAAGGAAAAGGGUGAAGAUCUCUCUCCUGGGGCAGCAAUGAGUGCCUCCCUCAGUUCAAAGGAUAUGAUGCUGAAAGCUAAGGAGUCUUCUUCAAAUCUUGAAAAUGACAGUGAACGCACAUUGUUUUCAAUAUCUUGCAGUGAGGAUUCACUGCCCCUAAAGCAAACAUACUGCCCUCCAAAGAAGACCUCCAAAAUCAGAGAGAGUAAUGUUGAAAAGGUUUUGAAUGCAAAUGGGAACGAGGAUAGAGACUCUGCAAGUUCCAAAAACAUGUAUGGCACAGAAACCAUUAAAAAGAAUGACGAUAAUGGUUUAGUUCAUCAGCCAAGUUCCUCUAUCAAAACACCAUCACUCCUUCCUGCUUCAGAUAAAAAUGAUGUUUCAUCAACUCCUGAAAACAGCACUUGUACACCAGUGUUACCAGAGAGAAGAAGAAAGAACAAAAAGCGUAAUGAAAGUGGAGCUAUAGAUGAUACAAGAAAAAUUACCAUGGAACCUACCCAAACUAUCACUGUUGCUGCUCAUUCAAAGGAUGGCAGAAGGGUGGGGCAUAUAAUUGGCAAGAAUAAGAAGAGAGCUAGGCACCGCUCAAUCCAGGAAGAAGAACAGUGUUCCUCUCAAACUACCAGCUAUUCAGACUCACAUUUUAACACUGACCUUCCUUCCACUGUCAAAUUAUCUACUGAUGAGCCUUUACAACCCAAGCAAAUCCCCAACUCACAGAAGAAACAAAAAGAUGUUAAAAUGAAGAAGACAGCAGAUCAAGUGGAGAAGAUGGAUCUUGUGAAGAUUGCUAAUGUUAGUUCCACUGCAUGUAAAACAGUUUCUCAAACAUCUAAACUUAAGAAAAUGCCUUCAAUGCAGUCCUCAAAUGCAUUGUCAUCACCGCAGUGCAAUCCAAGAAUAGUUAGAAGACCUCCUAAAUCUAAACAGCUGGAAAACCCAUCGCCCAGAUUGGAAAUCUCAGCCCUUGAGCCCAAGCCGAAGAAAAGGGGUCGCCCAAAAAUGAUCAGCUUGGAUGAAUGUCCUCAGGGAAGCAAAUCUCAUAAGUUUCCUACUAAGAUCCCCAUACUAGUGCAAAGAAAGCGAGGUCGCCCCAAACGUUCCUUCUCUGUCCAGCCACAAAGUUUGGAGUCACAAGACUCAGUAUCUGUGAAGAAGAGUGCAGAAGAUAAUGUCAAACCCUCCUUGUUCAAAGCUAAAUACACUUCAAUGUCCAGCAAAAGAAAUAAAUUGAUAAUGAAGACAAUUAUCAAAAAUAUUAAUAAGAUGAAAGUGAAGAAGAAUCAAGUGCUAACACAAUUUCUUUCAGGCCAAAGACUGCAAAAAAAAGCAAAGUUUGGUCAGAAAGAUAACGACGGAGAUGCAGACUGUUCUGUUUCAGAUGCUACAAACACUUUAUCCACAUUGGUAUCAUCUUUUCGGGGGAAACUUGGUCCACAAAUUAAUGUCAGCAAACGUGGAACUAUCUACAUAGGAAAGAGGAGAGGUCGUAAACCGAAAUCUCUUAGGGAAAAUUCUUGCCAAGCCUCUGAACAAAUGCUGUUUAAAAAUUCUCAGCAUAUGGCAGAAUCUUCAAAUCAGUUGAACUCUUGGUCCACUCCUGGGGAACAAAGCCAUUCAUUUGAUAGCCAGUCUGCUUUGGGCUGCUCCCCCAACUCAUUUAAACAUCUUGAGAAAUCAAAAUCUCAUUCCUCCUUGCAAUCAACACUACUUCCUCCAGCCACAAACCAAUUAAGUUCUGUUGGGAUGCAAGACUGCAGAAAGGCACACCUUUCCCAAUCCGUAUUGAUGGAGCAAAAAGGACUCAAGUACAAGUGCCAUAGAAAAGGUCAUAAUUGCUUUAGCCGUGAUAAGAUUAGGAGACAUAAACACAAUUGUAAGAGAAAGUAUCUUCAACUCAGGGCCAAAAGGCAAGACCCAGCCUUUCUAGCAGAGGUUGAGGACUUGGUGACCAGACUCAGUGAGAUCAGUAUUGGGCAUCAUAUUGCUCAGGAAGGGAAUGAAUUGAAAACUGCUGGAAGAAAGAGUAUGAAAGGGAAAGGUCCCCCUCAUGUUCUUCAGUGUCUGCCUCAAAACCUUCACCAUCCAACCAUGUUUCAGAUCAACUUCAGUGGUUACUACUCGCCUCAGUCUGACUUUUCCCGCGACUCUCUGCAUUAUGUCGGAAUGGGGGAUUUUAAAAGGAACAAUGGAUGCCCCUCAGAGCCAAGUGAACAUAUUGUCACACAUUGUCCGGUGGUGCACAAACUUGGGUUUCCAUUGUCAGGAGGUGGAUGUUACCAUCCACCCUACAAAAUGCCACUCUCAGCCACCUCCUUUGGUUUUGGACUUUACAGAGGAUACCCACCAUCUGCAACUAUUUACCCUUCUUCACCGUUUUUAGCCUCUUAUGUACACCCCUACUCCAAAACUCCCAUUUUAAGUCCAUCAAAGUUCCAUAAAAGGAAGCACAAGUAUUUGAAACGUGACUCUGUGUUUUGCACUGGGAAGCCACAGGGGACGUACCCUAAUGUAACUUCUCAUCCUUCUAGUGACUGGUUCAGAAGAAAUACCUGGCAAAGGGAAGACAACAGAGAGCAGGACAGAGAUAAAAGGCUUGUUGAUGACAGUCUUAGUAGAGGAAGUGAGAGAGAAGGAAUAGAGUGUUUUGUAGGACAAAGUAGACUCAGAAAAGACUAUCUAAACAGAAGGGUUUCGUCCUCCAUUUCCCCGUGCUCUUCCUCAAUGCUCACCAAAAAAGCAGACAAACACAAAACUUCACUCUUAUCGUAUAUAGGACCAGCACACCUGAGACCGAAACAAAAGGUAAGGUGGGCAGAGCAUCAGCAGCCAUGGAGGUGGAGAGGCAGUGUUCAAUCAGAGCAGAGUAACAUCUACCUAAACCAAGAAGCUGAGUCAGGGUACCAAGGGGAGGAGGACACUCAAGAAGGUCCAGAGAGUGAUGAAGACCUACCAUCACCUCCCCUAUUAAACAGAACAGUCAGCCAUCAAACUUUCCUAAAGAAUUCCAACCUUACCAGAAGUGUGUACAGUCAACAGACAGUCCAAAGGGGCUUUGGUGAAGUUCGGUGUGCUUCAAAAGACUUGAUGAGACCUGGAAGAACACUGAUAAAGGAGCCGUGUUCUUCUGGAGACAAAAGAGCAUCAGAGAGUUUCCAGCCUGGCGGUCAACUCUUCAGCGUGCGACAUCAACACGGUAGUCACUCUUUUACUAAAGGACAAGAGAGAGCAGGAAAAGAGACAAGACACAAUUUAAGUCGGACUCUCUUUCAGGACUCUCUUAUCAGCCCCUUUGCCUCUUGUACUGCCCCUAAAAACAGCCUUUCUCAUUCAGACAGUGCUAAACAGACUACACUGACCAAGGGUAAGCCUAAGCAUGUUAGCAAACCUGAAACCAAUGUGAAGAGAAGGGGACCUGGGCGACCAAGGAAAAACUCUGCACCAUGUUUUUCUCCAUUAUUAUCAGCUGCACCAUUACAUCACAGAGUAACAGAGAGUACAGCAAAACGGAGGAAAGGGGAAAGAGAUGACGACACAGUUCUCGAUGUAAUUGAAUCCGUUGCUCAAGGAGAGAAAUGGAAAGGAAAGAAAAGAAAAGAUGGGGGGGAAAGGACAGAUGGAGGGCAGGUAGAUAGGGGUGAAGGUGUACCUGUGAGACAGGAGUCGUCCCAUUCACACUUUGAUCCAUCAUCACCCUAUCAGGAUCCAUUAGUUUCUGUACACAGCCAAUCAGAGAGGAGCUCUACCAUAUUACCUGACAAGAAAUAUGAGUGGGCGGGGCUUUACUCAGAUGUGUAUAAAAGCGUGGACCCUCCUAGUCUGUCCCCAGAAGUAAACACAGAGUGCCUUGAAUAUGAUCCUGAAGAAAAUGAACAUGGCCUCCUUCCUGCACCUAUACACGUAGGAAAGUAUCUGAGGCUGAAACGAAUAGACUUUCAGUUGCCCUAUGACAUAUAUUGGUUCUGCGCACACAAAACGGUUCAUAAAAGAUCACAUGCCCCACUAAAGACAGCCACAUCCAAUGGGCCUGUUGGUGUAAUUUCUCUCACUCAGACUGACGACAGUCCCUGUACACAUCAUAAGGACAGUGUUCCUCAGGACUGCAUUGGUGACAGCCUUAAUAGAAAUUACAGCUGUAGACUGCCUUCAGAGGAGGUUGGAGAGGAAAUUAGUCAAACAAACCUUGAUCAUAAUAUUCCCAAUCAAUCUGACCCUCUGAAACAGCAGGAGAGAGGCAGUGAUGCUGAAAAUAUUCCUUCCCCUCUUUUGAUGAUGCCCUUGUCGUGUGAGGAGAGGAGUUUCAUCUUGGAACAUGGCAUUUUUCUGGUGAGAAACUAUGAGAAAAUGAGAGAGAGACAGGCACUGCUCUUGAAGGAGGGAGUGAGAGAGCAGGAGAAAGAUAACAAGGAAGAUGGAGGGAGCAGCAAAAGUCAGAAAGAAGUUCUUGGAAACACCAUCAACACCAAGUCAGACCAGUGCCAGCCUCAAUUGAGUCCA